AUGCUCACCCUCGAUGCCGCCUCAGCCGCCAGAGGCUCGAGAAGCUCCUUCAAGCCGCUCGACCGUAGCCAAGUGAAGAAACUCCUCGACAGCCGCAAUGAUCGUGAAGUACUUGAGGGGUUACGGCGUGUCAUCGCUAUGAUGUACAAGGCGCUAAAAACCCUCCCCCUAUUCUCCUCCGUCGUCAAGAAUGUCGCGUCACCAAACCUCGAAAUUAAGAAGCUCGUCUACAUCUACCUAAUACAUCAUGCCGAGCAAGAACCCGACCUAGCCCUUCUCUCCAUCAACACGAUCCAAAAGUCCCUAUCCGAUACAAACCCCCAAGUUCGAGCCCUCGCACUACGAACCAUGUCUGGAAUACGAGUGCCAGUCAUCAGUCAAAUUGUGUCUCUGGCCAUCCGAAAGGGCGCUGGCGAUAUGAGCCCAUAUGUUCGGCGCGCUGCUGCGCUCGCCAUCCCCAAGUGCUAUCGCCUCGACCCCUCGCAACUACCGCAACUAUUGGAAUACAUGACGACGCUGUUGGGGGACAAGCAAUACUACGUGGCAGGCGCUGCGGUCACGGCAUUCCUGGAAGUUUGCCCGGAAAGGAUAGACUUGAUUCACAAGAACUACCGAAACUUGGUCAAAAUGGUAGUCGACAUGGACGAGUGGAGCCAGCUAUCAACCCUGCGUCUGAUGACUGUCUAUGCCCGGAAAUGCUUUCCAAGGAGGGCUAGAGUGGAAGCUGGGGAGGAAGUCGUGUUCCUGGACGCCGACCUGGAGCUCCUUCUUACCAGUAUCAAGCCUCUUUUGCAGUCCCGCAACUCUGGCGUGGUGGUGGCCGUCGCACGGUGUUACUCUGCCGUUGGGACCGCUGCUUACGUCCGGCAAGCUGUUGGGCCCCUGGUUGCACUUCUCCGAGGUGGACAGGAUAUUCAACAGGUUGCCUUGUUCAAUAUAGUGUCGAUCUGUCUCGACUAUCCAGCCGCCUUUGUCAAGUACGCCACACACUUUCUCGUCCGCGCAACCGACAGCCAACCAAUAUGGGAGUUGAAGCUUGAGGUCCUGACCCUCAUCUUUCCUCAUUCACCGCCACAUAUCAAGUCACUCAUCCUCAACGAACUCGAGCACUUCAGCCGUGGCUCUGACAAGGGUCUCGUCAAGGAAGCCGUCCGAGCCAUCGGCCGCUGCGCACAGACAGACACCGCCACCGCACCUCGAUGCCUUCGCCUUCUUCUCGGACAAAUUACUUCUCUCGAUGGGACCCUCGCAGCAGAGUCACUCACGGUAAUCCGCCAUCUCAUUCAGCAAGACCCCAGUUCCCACGUCGCGACUGUUGUUCGGUUAGCCAAGAACCUCGACAGCGCCACAGACCCCCAGGCCCGUGCGACCAUUAUCUGGCUCGUCGGUGAAUUCUCUGGUUUGAACGGGGAGGACAACAUUGCAGCAGACGUGCUGCGCAUUCUUCUCAAAGAAUUCCCAUCAGAAUCCGAGCUGGCAAAGAGGCAAAUUGUUCUCCUCGCCGCCAAAGUCUACCUCCACUACCUCAACCGCAAACUCGAAGCCCAGAAAGAGGCUGCCUCUGGCGAUAACGAAGCCCGAACGCCACCCGCCACCCCGGACCAAGAAGACGACGACCAUCCAAUCCCCAAACUAUGGAACUACGUCACCGUACUCGCCCGCUACGACACCUCCUAUGACCUCCGCGAUAGGACUCGCCUGUACCAAAGCCUGCUCCAAGUCCCACAGCUAGCAACCCUCAUGCUCCUCGCUCCUAAACCCGCUCCCCAAGCCCCGUCUCCCUCCGAAACCCGCAAGGGCUACACCCUCGGCUCGGCAGCUCUUGUCCUCGCUGGAGGGGGAACUAUUCAUGGGUUAAGGGGCUACGAAGACCUGCCCGAGUGGGUGGAAAAGGGGCAGGAGCCAGAUGCAAAGUUGAGGGAUAGAGAAGGCGAUAACAGGCAGGAUGAUGGCAAGUAUGGAGUUUAUGACCGGAGGAACAAGGCGGGCAGUGUGCCAAUUCCGGCGGCGGAAAGGAUUAUUGAUGCGGGACAGGGGAGGUCGGCUUCCAUGUCGGGGAGUGCCAGUCCGGCUGGGUCGUUUGGGGCGAAGAGUGCUGCUAAUGGGGUGGGUGCUAAGACUUUGGAUGAUUGGUUGGCUGAGGAUGAGGGAGGGGAGCAAGAGGAGGAGGAAGAGGAGAGUGAAGAGGGGGAAGGGGAGGGGGAGGGGGAGGAGGAGGAAGAGGAAGAGGAAGAGGAAAGUGAAGAAGAGGAUGAGUCGGAGGAAGAAAGCAGUGAAGAGGAGGAGAGUGAUGAGGAUGCUAGACUUGUACGGCCUUCGUAG